UAGGUUAACCAAUAACAAAUUUCUUCAAGUUGUGACUUGUAUUAUUUGACAUUUGUUGUGGAGUUGUGUUAUUGGUUGUCAAAGUUGUUUUCGGCGGACCACUGAACGAGGUGUUCAAUAAGCGCACAUUGCAAACACUUUUUACGUUAUUAAAUGUUUAAAUUCAUAGUACUACUGUAAAUAUUGUGGAAGUAAAGCAUCAUUUAUUCAGGUUGAAAGCUACAGGUGAUGAUGACUUCAUAUAUGAAACUGUUCGAGGACUUCUUGCAGCGCAAGGAAUGUGAUGGAACUCGUACAGCACCUGCUGCAUCUGAGGACGAAGAUAUAGAGCAACAAAAUUCGUCUUUUGAGUCUGUUUGUGGAACUAUUAAUUCUAUCAGUAGUGAAGGGGGAGGUAGUAAUAAAAUGGAACACAGUUACACGAGAGACAAUACCCGGCCGCUGGCAAGUGUUAGCACAGGCUUGUUACCAGCUCGUACAAUUCUGGUUCGUCGUACACCACAGUGUCCUUCUUGUCAUACACAUCCCGAAGAGCAUGAUUUUGAAGAUUUUAAUCAGGCCAAUGUGCCCUCUUACAAUGAAAUAGCGGCCAAAGAAGCCAUGAAUGAGUGUUCUCGAAUUGCUAAAUACGUAAAAAACAAUAAUCCAGACGACGAUGAUUGGGAAGCACAUAUUAACCAAAUUGGUUGGAGCAACAUGCAAAAGACACUUUUCAAUAAAGUAGCAAAUAUUUUGGAUAACGAUCAGUUAGGACGAUUAGCCAAUGUUAACCGUCAAAACGAAGCUAUGCAACGUCGUGUCGCUAUCGAUAAGUCUGCUAGUCGAAUGCGCAGGGCGUUAGCUGCUGUUGCUUGGGACUCACGACUCACACAAUGGCUACAUUGUUUGCUAAUGGAUUCACUUCCAUCAACAUAUAUGGCGUCUUAUUUAGAUAUUUUGCAAACAUUAAAAUCUAAAUUACCAACACUUAUGGAUAAAAUGCUAUUUGGGCGGCCACUAAAUGUUAGCCAAGAACUUUUGGCGCCAGUAAUGAAAAACAAAUGGGAGCCAAUUGUUAGUACGAAAGUUCGCAAACUAACACAGAAUGCAGUAAUAGUUGCGCUGCCUUCUGUACCUACUAGUGGUCCAGUACCUAAUCGCCUUCAAAAAUGGUAUCAUCAAUUGGCCAGCAUAACACAAAUUGUACAAGUAACUCUUCCCUCCAAUGUUAGUCAUAUAGCUCGGCAACCAUUGGAGCAAGUAGCCGAACAAAUAGUGUCACUUACUCGAGUUAAAAUACAAGAAUUACGAAACGAAAAUGCUCAGCGAAGCAUCAUAUUGAUAGGAUUUAACGCUGGUGCUGCUCUCGCUCUACAAGUGGCUAUGUCGGAGAAUGUGUCAUGUGUAGUAUGUAUGGGCUUUGCUUAUAAUACAUUUAACGGAAUACGUGGAACUCCUGACGACCGUAUAUUAGACAUAAAGGUGCCAAUAUUAUUUGUGGUUGGUCAGAAUUCAGCAAAAACAAGUACUGAGGAAAUGGAGUCGUUACGUGAAAAAAUGCAAUCGGAAAGCUCCUUAGUGGUGGUGGGCAGUGCGGAUGAUGUUCUGCGCGUUCCUAAAAGCCGCAGAAAGUUAGAUAAUGUCACACAAUCGAUGGUGGAUGCUAUGGUCGUGGAUGAAAUAUACGAAUUUAUUAAAAGAACGCUCACCAAUCCUCCCGGUCCACGGGUACCAACCACAGUAACAAGUUUCAUGCAUACUAAACAGGGACGAAACUCAAUCAGCAACAACGCUGGCGGUAGCAGUGCGGAAGGUAAUACGAAAAAUGGGCCUGUACAAAGAAAGCGUAAGAAUGAUGCUGUGAACUCCGAUCAAGAGACGCCUGCGAAAACUAAAUAUGUUAAUUCAACCAAACUAAAAAAAGUAAAAAUCCCAGACCCAUUCCAAGUGAAACGAAAGGUCGGUCGUCCAAGAACGCGUCCUUUGAUAGCCUCCACAUCCACUCCAGCUAAAACAAGCUCAAAUGUACUGGCAGGGGGUACUUCAAAAACAGCUCAGCAGCAAAACAAGAAGACGCAAGCAUCUUCGAAUUCUUCUAUAACGAACGAGGAUUUGAACAUGGCUAUACAAUCAAUACUGGGUGAUACGAGUGAACAAGAUGGUGCGACAAUGAAUACCAGUAACGAUACAACUCAAGCUGCACAGAAAAUUGUAACGAAUUACGAAAUUGUUGCGCCAUCAAAAUCGACUCCAAUCAAGACCGCAUUAAUAAAUCCGCUGCAAAAGCAAACCCUUCCAGCCGGUGCCAAAAUAAAGAUGAUACCUUCUAACCAAUUCGUGCAACUCAAGCCGCCAUUGCAAUCGCAAUCGAAAAUUUACACAAUCAAAACAGCCUCGAUGCAACAGAGCAGCAAAUCAGGAAAUACCAACAUCGGCAGUAUCGUAUCAACAACACCAACCGUCAGCACCGUUGCGAACCAUCAACAACAGAUAUUCACUUUAAAGUCACCCAAUGGCCAGACGACGCAAUUCGUUACAGCUGCACCACCCGGCACGGCUCAGCAAAAGUACACCGUCAUGAAGAAUGUAAGUGGUGGAACUACACUGCAGUUAGCAAACACAGCCUUUAGCGCCAUAAAAGGGAGCACGCAAAACUCUUCAUCUGCCUCCAAUAUGGAUCUUUCAAACAUUAUCGACAUGCCAAUUGUAUUCGCGGAUAAUGAAGGUAAUCUCUCUGAUUCUGUGGCUUCUUCAACUGCAUCUGUCAAGUCGGCUAAUACUUCCGGUGUCGGGCAACUGAUUAUAAGUCAGAAAAUUAUUAAAGAAGCUACUACCACUGGGUCUAGUGCGACUGGUAUGGUGGCCACUUCGCCUAAAACUGGUGGCGGCACAUAUAUAAUUAAUAAAGCUGUUGGCAGCCCAAUCUUACAACAAACCGCUCAAACAUCAGUCAAUAAACAAAAUAAGGUGGUCUUCAUCAAUCGAAACACUAUGAAGCCUUGCCCGAAUAUCAUUUCACGCUCGAAUGUCACACAACAAUUGCCGAAAUACACCAAAGUUGUUGUAACGAAUCCGAAGACUUCGGCAACAACACUUGUGCCCCGUCCAGCAAUGCAGCUAACGACAGCACAGCUUCCAGUGGGUACAGCCAGUGGCAGCACUCCACUAGUGUCGUCUGUGAAACAAGUGAAUUUACAGACACUAAAGUCGCCAGUCAGUAUUGGUGCGCGACAGACAUCAGGCAUAUUGAAUGUCUCCACAAAGUCGCUGCCACAAGUGCAAAUAAUUAGCACAACCGCUGCUGGGGCAGGUAGUCUCACUAACACGGCCAAUCCAACAGCUACAACUAGUGGCAGCACUGUCUUGACCGACCGUCCGCAAAUUCGAAAUAUCGUUGUGAAACCUGGAGGAUUGAAGCAAAUACCUGCUUUGUCCUCUCACGUAUUUAAUAGAAAUUUAACCGUUCGUAAAAUGGUGAAUAUCAUACCCAGUACAAAUCCAGCGAGCUCAUCAUCAACCUCACCUGGUGUAUCCAUAGUGGCUCAGACGACUACUUCACAGGAUAGUAGUCAAGGUAAUUCCGUUGGCGCAUCAUCCAUACAAACCUCACCGAAGGUGAUAACUUUGAAUCCGAUUAAUCCUUCGGCAUCCAAGGAGUGAUUUUAUCCUUUUCUCCGCUGUUAUUCUAAUUCUUAUUUAGCAUUAUAAAUAAAUAGUUCUUAAUGUUUCAUCUCAUCUCAGCCAUGUUCAUUUCGUAGUUCAACUACUUUCGCGUUCAUCUCGCCAACAAUAAAACAUUGAAAAACAAAUAUUUCAUA